AUGCCCCAGCAACAAAAGACUCCGAAAUCGAAAGCGGCCGGACCGCCGGCCGCCGAUUACAAGGCGAUCGCCGAGCAAUACGCCCGAGCAAAGAAGCAGAAGGAGCUCGAGGAGGCAAGUCGGACGCCUGAGGAGAUACAGGCCGAGAAGGAGAGGUUGGCGUUGCUGGAGAAGCAGCGGGAGGUCUUUGAGGCCCGGCGCAAGGACGUGUACGAGCGCAGGUGGUGGUGGACCGUUGGCUUCUGGACCUGGAUGCUGCUGCUACACGCCGUCGGCAUCAUCUUCUUCACGAGCGGCUUCCUCUUGACGCGGCUGGUGCUGGACGAGAAGUCCAACUGCACGGCGCCGCCUCUGGACCUGGUGUCGAGCUGGAAGGGCCAGGGGACUGUCGAGGGCGGUUGCUGGCACCCAAAGUCAUUUGACAAGACGGUCGUUAUUCUCAUCGACGCGCUGCGAUACGACUUUACGGUGCCUGUAGACGACAACGCCCCGUUUCACAAUGCAUUCCCCUUCUUGCAUGAGACGGCGGUCAAGUCCCCCGAGAACGCUCUCCUGCGGCCCUUCAUCGCCGACCCGCCGACAGCAACACUCCAGCGGCUGAAGGGCCUGACCACCGGCACACUUCCGACAUUCAUCGACAUUGGCAGCAGCUUCGGUGGCAACGCUAUCGACGAGGACAAUCUGCUUAUGCAGUUGAAGGACGCUGAUAAAAAGAUUGUGCACCUUGGAGACGACACUUGGCUGUCGCUGUUCCCUGGCUACUUCGAGGCGAAUGUAAGCAAGGCUUACGACAGCUUCAACGUUUGGGACCUGCACACGGUUGACAACGGCGUGAUUGACCACCUCUUCCCUCUCCUCAAGAAGGAGGAGAAGGGCAAGUGGGAUUUUCUCAUUGGCCACUUGCUGGGCGUUGACCAUGCGGGACACCGAUACGGACCGAACCACCCGGCGAUGACAGCCAAGCUCCAGCAGAUGGAUACUUUCAUCCGCCAGCUUGCUGCCGAGAUCGACGAUGACACCCUCCUCGUCGUCAUGGGAGACCACGGUAUGGAUAGCAAGGGCGACCACGGUGGAGAGAGCGACGAUGAGGUCGAAGCGACGCUGUGGAUGUACUCCAAGCGCCCGUUCUUUGGCCGCACCAAGCCCGAGUUCAAAGAGCCACCCAGCACGGCGAAGAUUAGGCCAGUCAACCAGAUCGACCUCGUACCGACCCUGGCGCUCCUCAUGGGCAUUCCCAUCCCGUAUAACAACCUGGGAGGCCCCAUCGAGGAGGCAUUCGCUGGCAGGAAAGGCAACAACUGGAACAACCUUGCGGCUGUGUCCCGGAUGACGGCUGCCGGAAUCCAGCGUUACCAAGACUCGUACUUCGCCGCUCGUGGCAUUGACCAGACCAAGAGUGCUACCGCGAGCCAGGUGUCACAGCUCUGGAAGAAGGCCGAUCGCUCCUGGCAGUGGAAGUCUUACCAAGAGGCAUACGGCUUUUUCAACAUGUUCCAGGAGGAGACUCUGCGAAUCUGCAAGGACCUUUGGGCCCGCUUCGAUGUGCCCAAGAUGGUCACCGGUAUCGUUGUGAUGGCUGCUGGCGUCGUAACCCUCCUGGUCUACGCCUCCCGCGACGACGAGGAGGAUUUCGCCGUCCUCGACGAUCUCGAGCUCGACUUGGCAGAGAAGAAGCUGGAGCUUCAGGGAGUCAAGCCCGACUCCGCCGCAUCGUACAAGACUGCCCACAAGAAAAUCGUCCUCACUGCCAUUCUCGGCGCCGUUCCCGGUGCCCUAGCUGGAACUGUCUACUCCAUCUUCACCACGCCCGACGACCUCAUCUACGCCAUCGCAGGUGCUGCUUUCACAAGUGCCAUCGGUGUCCUCUUCUCGCUGUCAGGCCUUGGCAAGACCGUCUUGAACCUCAUGCCUAACAAUGUCUGGGGCUGGCUUGCGGCGACCUUCACUGUCAGCCAGUCGAUUGGCUUUGCCUCGAACUCUUACACCAUUUGGGAAGACUCAAUCCUUCUCUUCUUCAUCACCACCUUUGGCGUGGCGAACGUUAUGGCCGCGUUCUCGGUGCCUACCAUGAGGGAGCGCACGAUGGCAAUCUACCACUCUGUUGUUUUCGUCGUCCUGGGCAGAGUCGCGUCCUUCUCGAAGCUUUGCCGAGAGGAGCAGAUGCCGUACUGCACUUCUACGUACUACGCCUCGGCGACGUCGUCAACCUCGGCCACUUGGCAGUUGGUUAUCCCCUUUGCUGUUGCUCUCAUCCUGCCCUCCAUCAUCAAGUCAUUUCUCCUACCCUCUAGGUCUUGGGAGGGACUUGCGCCUGCUUGGAUUGGUUACGUCUACCGCAUCGGCCUGUUCAUGUCGGCUGCCUACUGGGUACUCGAUGCCGCUGACAACAACGAAUGGAUCCCCGGCUUGCCUGCUCAGGCUAUCAAGACGGCAGGAGUGUACCUCGCCCAAGUCAUUCUCGCUUUGGUGUUUGUCGCUGGAACCACUGCGUUUGUGUGGGCACCGCCCUUGGUUUCCAUUCUCACGACGCCUGGCAAGAACGGCAACACUCAGAUCACGGUCCUCGGCUACGGCAACACCAACGGUGCCAGAUACCUUCUCCUCCCUAUGAACAUCGUAGGGGCCUGCAUCCUACUCUCCAAGCCCAUGGGAGGUGGUGCUCUGGCACUAUUGUUCUGGCAAAUCAUGGCUCUCGUUGAGAUCCUCGACCUGAACAACCUUACGACGGAGGCCAUUGGCCCCGUCAUGUUGGGCGUCCUCGGCAACUACGGCUUCUUCAGGACGGGUCACCAGGCUGCCCUCAGCAGCAUCCAGUGGGACAGCGCUUUCAUUCCACUGUUCUCUAUCCGAUACCCCUGGUCCCCUAUCAUCGUCGCCCUGAACACUUUCGGCGGCCAGAUCAUCGCUGUCGUCGCUGUUCCUCUCAUCGUGCUCUGGAAGGUCGGUCCCAAGAGGAAGGGCAUCCUUGAGAGCGUCAGCCGGGCUCUGGGUAUCUUCAUUGCCUACUUCGCGGUCGAGUCUCUGGCGACAAUGAUGUGGGCCGGCUGGCUCAGGAGACAUCUCAUGCUGUACAGAGUGUUCAGCCCUCGCUUCAUGAUGGCGUCAACACUUCUUCUCAUCAUUGAUCUCGUUGCGCUCGUCAUCACGCUUAUCGGUGUCAGGUCCAACACCCUAGCCGUGAGUGAGGUUUUUGGAUGGACCGAUUAA